UGCCUCCUAACCCUCAACUGCGCUCCAGCGACCGUCAUCAGCAACAACUCGUUCACCCGGAGCCGGCCGGUCUUCUCUCCUUGUCUCAUUCCCGGGCGGAUGCAACCAAACACAUCUCAGCCUCUGGAAAACUAGCGCUGUGAUACAAGUGACAACUUUAAGCAUUGACAAGAAGUGAUUAAAAAACAGCCCGAGCCAUGGCGACAAUAGGGGAUUUCGACCCACUCAACUCCACCGUACCUGCGACAAAGAUUGAGAUCACCGUCUCCUGCAGAAAUCUGUUAGACAUGGACACCUUCUCCAAGUCAGAUCCAGUGGUGGUGUUGUACGUGCAAGGCUUGGGGACCAAGGAAUGGAGAGAGUUUGGCCGGACAGAAGUGAUCGAUAACACACUGAACCCCGACUUUGUGAGGAAGUUUGUUCUUGAUUUCUUCUUCGAAGAGAAGCAGAAUCUUCGCUUUGAUGUGUACAACGUGGACACCAGGAGCUCCAACCUUUCCAAACAUAAGGACUUCCUGGGCCAGAUGUUCUGUACACUGGGGGAAAUCCUUGGCUCAACUGGCAGCAGGCUGGAGAGGACACUCUCUGGGAUUCCUGGGAAGAAGUGUGGAACAAUCAUCUUUACAGCUGAGGAGCUCAGCAACUGUCGGGAUAUCGCCACCAUGCAGCUCUGUGCCAACAAGCUGGAUAAAAAGGAUUUCUUCGGCAAGUCCGACCCGUUCCUUGUCUUCUACCGGAGCAAUGAGGAUGGCACGUUCACCAUCUGCCACAAGACCGAGGUGAUCAAGAACAACCUGAACCCUGUCUGGCAGCCGUUCACCAUCCCUGUUCGAGCGCUCUGUAACGGAGACUACGACAGGACAGUCAAGGUGGACGUAUAUGACUGGGACAGAGAUGGGAGUCACGACUUUAUCGGAGAGUUCACGACCAGCUACAGAGAGCUGUCCAGAGGCCAAAGCCAGUUCAAUGUCUAUGAGGUUUUGAAUCCCAAAAAGAAAGGCAAGAAGAAGAAAUAUGUCAAUUCAGGGACGGUCACUCUGCUGUCCUUCAAAGUGGACUCAGAACACACUUUUGUGGACUUCAUCAGAGGAGGGACACAACUCAAUUUCACCGUGGCCAUAGACUUCACAGCAUCCAACGGUAACCCGUCCCAGCCCACCUCCCUGCACUACAUGAGUCCGUACCAGAUGAACGCGUACGCCAUGGCUCUGAAGGCUGUGGGGGAGAUUAUCCAGGACUACGACAGUGACAAACUCUUCCCAGCAUACGGAUUUGGAGCUAAACUUCCUCCGGAUGGCAAGAUCUCCCACGCUUUCCCACUGAAUUCAAACUCAGAAAACCCAAACUGCGUGGGCAUCGAGGGGGUACUCGAAGCUUACUUCCAGAGCCUGCGGACCGUUCAGCUGUACGGCCCGACCAACUUCGCUCCUGUCAUCAACCAGGUGGCUCGGUGUGCUGCAGAGGUCACUGAUGGCUCCCAGUACUUUGUGCUGCUGAUGAUCACAGAUGGCGUCAUCUCAGACAUGGCUCAAACCAAAGAGGCUGUGGUCAACGCAGCCUCCCUGCCCAUGUCUAUCAUCAUAGUGGGAGUGGGCCCUGCUGAGUUUGAUGCUAUGGAGGAGCUGGACGGGGAUGAGGUCAGAGUGUCCUCCAGGGGACGCUUUGCUGAGAGAGACAUCGUCCAGUUUGUUCCAUUCCGGGACUACAUCGACCGCUCAGGGAACCAGGUGCUGAGCAUGGCCCGGCUGGCUAAGGACGUCCUGGCAGAGAUCCCAGACCAGCUGCUGUCCUUCAUGAAGAGCCGGGGCAUUGAACCCCGCCCCCCUCUGCCCGCAAUCUCUGACUCCCCAUCAAUGUCCACCACCACCACCACAACCACCAAACUCUCCCCCAAGGAACGCAACAUGCACGCCUGAGACGAGGACAGUGAGCGGGACAGUACGGUAGUUAGAG